AAAGGAAAAGGUUUUGGGACUAGUUUGACUAGUUGACUAUAUCAGCGAUUAGUUUAGUCGCAUCGUUAUUUUCUGAAACGUUGAAGUUCAGGACCGUUACGGUACCCGGAGGAAGAAAUUAAGGAGCAAUAAACCGGGUCGGAACAUAUGAUCGGAUCCAAUGUACAACCAUUGAAUUGAGUUUUUCGGACGAUGCGAGGCUGAGGAGGUUUGACUUAGUUCGUCUAUAUGCGUCAAUGGACGUUUUUCCAAACCAGUAUGGGCAAACACAAAGCGACAAUUAUAGCUCUUAAUCGCCCUUUAAACCUCCUCAACAACCAACCAUCUUAACGACACUCCCAAAGCCCUUCUUCUUCUUCUUCUUCUUCUUCUUUCGCUCUCUUUUGUCCUCUAAAAAAAAAAUAAAGAUUGGUUCAGAUACCCCUCCUCCUCUCCUAUCCAAAGAUGGGGAAGAAGCGAGUAAUGGUGCCAGUGCAAGAAGUUGAUAUGUCAGCCGUCAAAUACCAGCAGGAAGACAUUCAAGCUCCACAUUUGACAGGGUUCGUGUUCAAGUUAUUCGUUUGGAUUAUCGAAACGCCGUUGAUUGGUCCUUUGAUUGUAUCUUUCUUAAAGAAGCAGAAUAAGUUUGAUGAGUUGAUGCAGAACACUGACAUACCAGAGGCACCCAUGUUUAGACCCGAAUUUCCCCCCCAAGAACCCGAGCCUGGUGUUGUCAUGCUUGAUGAAGAAGGAAAACCUGAAGAGAGAGUUGAGUUAGCUUUGAAAUCCCUUCCACAAUAUGAUCCUGCUAGCUGCUGGAAUGGGGAUUCAUCCCCAUCUUUCCGAUACUGGAAAAUACGUGAUUAUGCAUAUGCUUAUCGUUCUGGGCAUGCAACACCAACCACAGUUGCAGGGCACAUAAUCUCAGUUAUAAAGGAGUUCAGCAGUAAGAAACCCGCACAACCUUUGUUGAUUUCUUUUGAUGCCGAGGAAGUCAGGAAGCAAGCUGCUGCUUCAACUAGGAGGUUUGAAGAAGGGUGCCCAUUGUCUAUCUUGGAUGGGAUUUUUGUGGCAAUCAAGGAUGAUAUAGACUGCUAUCCCCAUGCUUCUAAGGGUGCAACAACUUGGAUGCAUGAGGUUCGCUCUGUUAGGAAGGAUGCAGUGUGUGUCUCAAGAUUGCGUAGCUGUGGUGUCAUUUUUGUAGGGAAGGCAAAUAUGCAUGAGCUGGGCCUGGGAACAACUGGAAACAAUCCAAAUUAUGGAACAACAAGAAAUCCUCAUGCACCAGAAAGGUAUACAGGCGGAUCUUCCUCAGGCCCAGCAGCAAUUGUAGCUUCUGGAAUAUGUUCUGCAGCGCUUGGAACAGAUGGUGGAGGUUCAGUGCGUAUACCUUCUUCCCUUUGUGGGGUUGUGGGCUUGAAGACAACAUAUGGACGCACUGAUAUGGGAGGGUCAUUAUGUGGUUCUGGGACUGUGGAAAUUAUUGGACCAAUUGCAUCAUCAGUGGAGGAUGUAAUGCUAGUGUACUCGGCAAUCUUGGGCUCUUCUCUUGCAGAUAGAAUUAGUUUGAAGCCGGGCCCACCUUGUGUUCCAAAUUUAUCUUGUGACAAUUCAAAUACUUUAGGAUCCAUGCGACUAGGGAAGUAUACAGAGUGGUUUAAUGAUGUAUAUUCAACCGAUAUUUCUGAAAAAUGUGAGGAUGCUCUUAAUCUUUUGUCAAAGACCCAUGGUUGUGAAAUGGUAGAAAUUGUUGUACCUGAGUUGGAAGAAAUGCGCAGCGCUCAUCUUGUUUCGAUUGGAUCUGAGACACAGUGUUCAUUGAAUCCAGAUUGUGAAGAUGGGAAAGGUUCAAGAUUGACAUAUGAUACUCGUACUAGUAUGGCACUUUUUCGAUCAUUUUCUGCAGCAAACUAUGUUGCUGCCCAGUGUCUUAGGAGAAGGAUUAUGUACUAUCACAUGGAGAUAUUCAAAAAGGUUGAUGUCAUAGUGACCCCAACAACCGGCAUGACAGCACCCAAAAUACCAUCUAGUGCUCUUAAAGAUGGGGAAACAGAUAUGCAUGUUACAGGCUACCUUAUGCGGUUUAUCCUUGCUGCAAAUCUUCUUGGACUUCCUGCUAUAACUGUGCCUGUGGGGUAUGACAAACAAGGGCUUCCAAUAGGAUUGCAACUGAUAGGCCGUCCAUGGGCCGAAGCAUCAAUUUUGCGUUUGGCUUCUGCUAUAGAGGAACUAUUUGCAGAAUCCAAGAAGAGGCCUGUUUCAUAUUUUGAUGUUCUGAAUGGCUGACUUUGUGAUUUUGCUGGCGGCUCGUUAUCAUGUUUGCAAGAGAUACAAAUUAUAUGAUACGGUAAUUGGUAAAUGACAAUUUAUGAAUUUGAAGUAUGGAGAGACCUUUUCCGUACACAGUUGUGUAGUGUAUAUUGAAAAUGAUCCCAUUUGAUAAUAAAUCUGCCCUUGCAAACAACUAUUGUAUUUCAUAUGAACCUUCUUAUCCCAUCAAUAUUGAAAUAUUCUGAAAGUACGAAAAGAAUUUAAUCC